AGUCCUCUAUAGAAGAACAUGGCCGCAGCCUUCAUCCUUUCUCUAUCGUUGCCAAAUACUUGAAUAUUAGUUGUAGCUUUUGCAACGACAUAGCAACAGCUGACUGUAGAAUCUCACUACAUGCAGGCUUAAGGAAACGAGGCGGUGAAUAUCUUAACGGCUGGAUGUGAGAUGCUCAUCGAUCACUCAAAAAUGAGACACAGACCUAAAACCUGGGGCAACAAGCACAAUGCUGCGCCCAAGCUGGAUCUGUGGCUCCAUCGUAGAUUAUGAGAAGGCAGCAGAGGGAAGGAGCAGGUGUGGUCUGGAAAUGAGGAGGAAAGAAACGUAAACGAGGAUUCGACGGACAAACGCUGCGCUAAAAGAGGACAGGAGAGGAAGAGCAGAAGAAAUCCAGCAGUUUCAUAUCUGGUGAUUGCAAUGAUGGCAGCUAAGUCGGAUGGAGUCUUGAAAUUAAAGAGGAUCGAUGUGGCCUUCACGCCGCUGCAGAACUCCGAGCACUCCGGCUCGGUGCAGGGGCUGCACCUGGGACAGCAGACCGACUCAGCAUGCACCCUGGACGUGGAUUUUCCGAACGGGGAAUCUCAGUGCUGCGGUCGCGGAGGCACCAGCUCGCCUUGCUUCCGGCUCAGGAGAGAGCAGCAGAAGUACGUGGUGUGGGACUGCUUGUGGAUUGUUGCCGCAGUGUCUGUUUAUCUGGCUGAUGUGGGAACCGACGUGUGGCUGUCAGUCGAUUACUAUCUUCGCGAGGACUAUUGGUGGUUCGGCUUGACGCUGUUUUUUGUGGUGUUGGGUUCGUUUUCGGUCCAGCUGUUCAGUUUUCGGUGGUUCGUCGCAGACUUCAGUUCAGAGGACAGCGUUGAAUCAGCCGGUUGCCCCCAGCUGGACGGCAGUAAGCUGCUGCUGAGCGGCUCGGCCUCUCAGGGCGACGUUCCCGUGCAGCAGCAGCAGCAGACCACACCACAGAGGCAGAUGUCAACUGCCAGCAAGAACACUGCGACUAACAGCACCGGCAGCACGGCGAUGGGCAGGAGAGGCACGAAACGGCCGCCCUAUUACUCAGUGUGUGUGUGGUUAUGCCAGUCUGUGAUACACAUUCUCCAGCUGGGUCAGAUAUGGAGGUAUUUCCGUACCAUGUAUUUGGGAAUACGGAGUCGUCAGAGCUCGAAGUCAGAACAUUGGCGAUACUACUGGAAGAUGGUGUAUGAGUUUGCUGAUGUGAGCAUGUUGCAUUUACUGGCCACCUUUCUGGAGAGUGCACCUCAGCUGGUGUUGCAGCUGUGCAUCAUCAUACAAACACACAAUCUGCAGGCUGUUCAAGGGAUGACAGCAGCAGCCUCACUUGUCUCUCUUGCAUGGGCUUUAGCCUCCUACCAAAAGGCUUUACGAGAGUCCAGGGACGACAAAAAGCCCAUUGGCUACCUUGCAGUUAUGAUACAGUUCUGCUGGCACUUCUUCACUAUUGCAGCCAGGGUCAUCACAUUUGCCCUCUUUGCCUCUGUUUUUCAACUCUAUUUUGGCAUCUUCAUUGUCCUGCACUGGUGCAUCAUGACUUUCUGGAUUGUCCACUGUGAGACAGACUUCUGCAUCAGCAAAUGGGAGGAGAUUGUGUUUGAUAUGGUGGUGGGCAUAAUAUAUAUCUUUUCCUGGUUCAACGUCAAAGAGGGAUGUACAAGGUAUCGGCUGUCAAUCUAUUAUCUAGUGAUCCUGGUGGAGAAUGCCACUCUCAGUGCAUUGUGGUAUCUUUACAGAACACCUAAAACCACUGACGCCUUUGCAGUCCCAGCACUCUGUGUCAUUUUCAGCAGUUUCCUCACUGGUCUGGUUUUCAUGCUCAUGUACUAUGCUUUUUUCCAUCCCAAUGGUGCUCGCUUUGGACGCUCUGCUAGCUGCCAAGGGCUUGAUAUGGACCCAACAGCUCAGUUCUCCACACUACCUUCAGAUGGUGGAACCAACUCACUGCGUUCCAACCGAGGAGCCACUGGAACUUUGGAGCGUGACACUGGAAAGUAUUCGGAACGGGAUAGCUGUAUCCCAGUGUUUCAGGUUCGACACCCAGUGCCAUCCACUCCUUCAUCGCGUGCUCCACGCCUAGACGAGACUGUUAUCAAACUUGACCUUUGUAGGAAUCAAUACCCAGCCUGGGAACGUCACGUUCUUGACCGCAGUAUACGAAAAGUCAUCUUGGCUAUGGACUGUUCCAUGACUCCUCCUCGACUGAUGUACAAGGACGAUGCCAUGGUGCAUGAGCGACUGGAAUAUGAGACUACGUUGUAGUUUACCUGCUAUGAUAGUAGCAGUGCAGCAUCAUGUUCUAUAAACAGUUGGAGGAUUUGUGGAUAUAUUUAGUCUAUUUUUUCACACCCCGUAUUUUUAGUCGCUCCAGGAAUAUCGCAGCGUCUUCAAACUAAUUCAUGUAGUUGCCACUCUUAUAUAGUUACUUUCAUUCACCAGAGGAUUUUUUCCUGAUUUAAAACAAGAGAAUAAAUUGAUACUUUGUUUGAAUUAAACAAACUCCUGCCAAAAACUGAGAUAAUGUACACCAUUAUACAAAUUAUACAUUAUAUUCAGUAAAACAUGAACAGUUCCAAAAUGAUUAUGCAGAUUUUAACCUCAAAACACUUACAUGUUGGUCAAUGGGUAAUGAGGACACCAGUGUCCUUGUUCUAGUCAAUGCUUUUUUUUAAAUGACUUUAAGUGUUUAAAUGUAAAGUGUAGAAUGGAUUAUAAACACCCUGUUUUUUGGUAGUGCCACGAGGUUCCUGGAACUCAUGUUUUAGUAGUUAUUCAAAGCACAACUCUUAACUUGGCAAGGAUUAGUAUGUUUAUUUGUGUCUCUAAAUAUUAUUCUCCACACUAUAUGUGUGGAGAAUACUUCUAUUCUCCACACAAAUAGUGAAUUGUAGAAAGCCAGCUGUCAAAGUAGCAUUUAUGUCCAAUCAUUUAUUUAUUGAUGAAAUGAACCAAGUAUGUCUGAAUGAAGCAGAAAGAAACAAACCAAAAGGAUGAAAUAUAAAGAGGAAUCAGCAAGUUGUUUUUCUACCACAGCAGCCACACAGAAUCCUUACACAUCUGUGGUGGUGACCAAGGAAAAUGUGUAGAAUGGACAGAUGAUGGGAGAAGAACAUGUCAUGAAAAGGGGAGCAAGAAGGAGAAGAAGAGAAAAUGUUGGAAGGCUGCUACAUUUGUCAGAAUAAACACAAGGAUUUGUAGUUCUCAGCUGCAAUAUGAAGCAUCGUUUUAAUUCAAAGAAAAGGUACUGUAAAAACUACCAAAGUCAUUGUAAUUUAUUUGGCCUUUAAUUGAAGUGUUUUUAUUUUCAAAACUGAGUCUGUGUGUGUGUGUGUGUGUGUGUGUGUGUGUGUGUGUGUGUGUGUGUGUGUGUGUGUGUGUGUGUGUGUGUGUGUGUGUGUGUGAGUGAGUAGCUCUGGUGGUCGAGUUCCUACAUGCCUGAAUUUGCUCUUUGCUGUCAUUAGUGAUCCGUGAGGGGGGGGGGGGGGUGGAAUAUGAUGGUAUAUUUACAGCACCUUCAUUUGUCACACUCAGAAACUCAUUACAAUGAUUGUUGAGAGCGGGAUGAUAUGAAGUUUAUUGUGCAGUUCGACCGUAAAGCUACACUUACACUGGACUCCAGGCAUCUCUCAGUCAUUUUAAGGACACUGAUUGGUCCCCCAAAACGAUGAAAACCCAGAUAUUAUUAUCAAUCAAUAAAAUCCCCACAGUCCAAACUUGAAAAUUGGACGUUAUGCCGCUAACACUUAGCUUUCAUCAACAACUCAGAGCUCUGCGCAAUUCAAAUAAUGUCCCAGUCGACGUGUGCUAAAUAAUAAAACAUAAUUUAAUGAAGCUUCGGGGAGGUCAAAUGUCUUCAAGGAAUUUUAAUAAUCAUUCCAGGAAUCAUUUCAGCCAUACUGUCAACACAAAUUGAAAAGACUGAGGAAGUUCAGUCUAUAAAAUCUAUCAAUGUUUAUCACAAACUUUCACUGAAAUGCAAACAAGUAACUUCUCAUGCAAAAACAGACUAUUAGCUUAAGUAGCAACUACCUUCAGUUUGAGAUACGCUUCCAACACAAAAUGAGUGAAGUUAAAAAUGAAUACUCUAUAUGUUAACCUGAGUCAUUCUGAUUUGAAAAAAUCUACAUAGUACUGUGAAUGAUGUUUAUAGUAUUGAAGUAUCUAUUUUUUAUUCAAAUGAAAAGUAGAAAGAACUUCUGUAGUUUGCUUAAUAAUGGGCCUGAUUACUGACUAAUAAAAAAAAUUGCUUUUCACAUCUAAAAUAUUAACUUACCAACAAAAAAAGUCAGUUUAUUUUUUAAAUAAAAUUUUAUUUCUUGUGUUAGAUUAAUUCAACAUUUUUACAUUUUUAACAGUAAAAAUAUAGUUACCUUCUUCAAAUAAUGGCCCAAGUCAUUUUUGCCAAAAUAUAAAAAUAUGGUUUAGGCAAAAAAAAAAAAAAAAAAAAUCACUACCUGGUUUUGCCAAAAUACAAUUUAGGCAAAAAAAAAACAACAACAAAAAAAAACACUUGUUUUGUGUAACUGCUGUUCACACUCAAAACAGUUGAUUAAGCAAAAAAUGCUUUUGGUAAAAAAAUUACUUCAAAUAAAACUUUAGGAAGUUGAUAAAACAUUAAAUUAUAGUGUAAUCCAACAAAUGAAACAAUCAAGUUAAGGUGUUUGAUGAAUUUGCAAGGCAUAUUAAAUUGUUUAUUUUUCUAGUUUGUUCCAAAAACCUUAAGGUAUAACAGAAGUCAUGCAUCUGAUGUCACUGUCUGCAUUUCAUACUGAUGUUAUGCUCAUAAAGUACAAUACUGAGUGAUGCAAAUACGUUUGAUAAUAAUAACUGCAUAAAAACAUCUUAAAAACAAAAUAAAUGGGGCAAUGUUCUGUGCAAAGAUUCAGCAAAUAUUUUGAAGUUUUAAAAGUAAGGAGUGCAAAACAUGUUUUUUCAAACGAGUUUAAUGACUGCCUGCAGCUGUAGCCAUUUUAUUCUAAAAAUAUUCAAACUUUUUUAUUAUUAUUAUUCUAGAUGACUACCGAUGAUCUUGAGUUUCUGUGUGGGAAAUGAAGGAACAGAAGAAUCAACAUGCUGUGUAAAUACUUUGCAAAUUAAUUAAAACAAUUUUUAUCUGAGAUCUUUGGUAAUAACCCUAUGAGAUGAGUUUUGUGGGAACAGACAAACAUAUGCAUGAGUUUGUCUGCUCUAUUCAAACUUAAAAUCAACAAUUUUGGAGGGUUGCUUGAAUUGGUAUCUCAAAAUAUGAACAUUCUAAAAAUACUUUAACUUUACUGGUUAAAAUCUUUCAGGAAAGCUUUGAUGGGUGCCUUACGUUUUUCCAUCAAGAUGCAGAAAGUGGCACCUUUCCUUGAAUUUAAUAUUAUAGAUUGACUGGUUUUAUCAUACAAUUGAAUAAAAUACUGCAAUCAGUAUGUUUUUGAGAAAUGUGUUUCCAAAUGAAAAUACAGAGCUCUUGUUGUGUGACCAACAGAUUAGGACACGGCACAAAAAAUGUUGGGAAAAAAUACCAAGAAAAAAAAAUGAAAGUAGUUUCAAAUAAAUUAACAGGCAUGCUUUCCUGUAAUACAUCAAAUGAAAUGAUUUUGAAUAUAGGUUUUCUCUCCAGGAUCUGCAACAGUGAAUUUGUAUUAGAAAACAAUUUAUCAGAAUUUUUUAGGCUGACUUUGUCUAUGCAGGAGGGUUUGAUUUCAUUUUCAGAAUUUUCUUCACCAGAAUACAGAAUAUCAUGCACUUCAGUUCAGUUGCUUCCAUGGAGUCACUGACUGCAGCAGCUCCCUCUCCUGGAGAAGUGCAGUCAGUGAAUUUUAUUUUUAUUUUGAUCGGGUGUCUCACAUUUCUGAACAGGUAUUAAAGGCAGCAAACCCAUUUUUUACAAAAGCCAAUGUAUAGCAGGAAGCAGUACUAGAGUUCAUUUGAGGAAUUAUGAGAACCAGAAAAAUAUUGCAUAAACUGAUUUUUUAUAUAUGUAUGUAUUUUAGAAUGGGGCUAAUGGAUCAGAGAAUUCACAGUUCUAACACACUAUGUGUGUUGUGUAUUUGGAUUUGUGUUUUUAUGAGUGUCAUUUUGUGCCACUCUGAUGAGCUGUUGGAUCAGGUGAAAUGUUUUUUUCAGCAGUUCUGUCUUCAAGUCUUUUCUUCAGCUGUCAAUAAAUCUUUAUAUUUUAGUGCUCUUUAUUGUCACUGACUUUAAAAAGUGUAUAUGUCUCAUGUUUUAAUUAUGGAUCACCUUAACCUUGAUGAGGUCUCAGUAUAGAAGAGCAUUUAAAAGUAAAAACAAACAGGGUGUUCACCUUUGUUCAUUGAUGGUCCUUGUUAAAACAAGAUUCAAUAUAAUAAAAUAACAGAAAGAAAUAUUUAAACAUCAGGCUCGUUUACAUUAAGUACUCAAACUUUUCAAAGCAAGCUGCUGUUUAACUGUACCUUCUGCAGGACAAUGUGGGAACAGCAGUUAUUUAUUGUUCACAAACAAAUCAAUUUGUUGAGAAAUCUAAACUCUAGAUUAAUGAAAUGUUGUUUCCUAGCAUCCACUAUUUCUCUUUAAUAUUUAUUGUGAAAAUCAGCAGGAGAUAUGGAUCUCGACUGAAUCCAUAUCUCUGAAAGUUGAACUUUUAAUCAACUCAAGACAGUUGAUUAAGCAUAGACAAAGUUGGCAUUAUUGAGAGGAUUCUAUUCAAACUUGUACAGUCUUUGUUUUAUACAGAUGUCUGUUUUAAGAGUUACUUGAAGUUGGGUGUGGAGGGUGUUCCCUUCCAUUGAAAUACUUGCCUGUAAAUACAUGUAAGCAAACUGUAAAUGCUUCAAAAAAUAAAACAUUCCUCUCUUCUUGAGUUCAGACUGUGAACGAUGUCUAGAGGUUUUAUGCCACCAUGUUUUCUGUAACUAUGACGAUAUAUUAAGGACAAAAAAUAUAUACAUGUAACGUAUGUGGUGACAAAAAAAAGUUGUUCAGAGAAAAAAGAAAAAAAAAUUCCUCAUGGUUGAAGGCUCUGUGAGUAAAGUCAAAAGUGCUACAACAUUCAAUAAAAGUACAAAAGCUCACUUUUGAUUAUUCUUAUUUUUGUAAAAUGUGAUUUGAAUUUAAUUAGACACUAAUAGUCUAAUUAAUAAAGUUCACUGUGGUAA